AUGCCAUGGCCAGUUCGGCUGGGCUCCGCGGACAGCAGUGGUGGCGGCGGCCGUUUCUGCUACGGGACUGCUCUACAGGCUCCUGCCACGCUGCAGCUCCUUGGACUGUUCUGGCAUCUAGCUCGCCUCAGCCUCCGUGCCUCAGGCUCGUCUCCUCAGCACAGCCCCACACCCCACACACGCGACUCUGAGGCUCUGAGGCGGCCGCAGCCCCGGCCCCUUCAAGUUGCCAGGGCGGGGUGCCGGGGCAUUAAAAACAUUUUUAAUCUUCACCAGAGUUUAGCCGACAUGGAGCAGCCUUCAGAGGUGCUGGUCUGA